AUGCUAAAGAUUAGAAAAUGUAUUUAACAACCUAAUUACAGUAUUUAACUCGCAUAAUAAAACGAAUACAUUAAACCGCAUAAACCCACCGCCGAUUCCACCACCCGGAAAAACCUCUGACCGUCGCCAACACAAUGAAAGCCAUCGCCGUAUCAUCAGCAGCAAAAGCUAAACAUUAUAUUUCCAAAACACUUGUUUCUCACUCUUGUUCAUUUCGUAACUACUCUCUUCUUAUAACCACACACCUUAACAACAAAUCAUCUGAGCCCUCCAUUUACUCAUCAUCCAAUCCCAUCCGUCCGUCCCGCCACCUUCUCUCCGCCCCAUGGUCCGCCAAUCAGAUCCGAUUCGCCAAAGCUCGGGGCUCCGAUGUGAGACCAGGAAAUGUUAUUGAAAGGAAAGGAAAAGUUUAUCAGGUGGUGAAAGCACAACACUCGACUCAAGGAAGAGGAGGUGCUAUUAUACAGGUUGAGCUUCGUGAUGUCGACAGCGGAAACAAAGUGAAUGAAAGGUUUCGCACAGAUGAGACAGUGGAAAAGAUAUUUGUUGAAGCGAAAUCUUUCACGUACUUGUACACUGAUGAAGAAUCUGAUAGUGUUGUGUUAAUGGAGCCUAAUACUUUCGUACAGUUGGACGUACCCAAACACCUAUUUGGCGACUCUGUUGCAUAUUUAAAAGACGAUAUCACCGUCUCUGUGGAACUUUAUAAUGAUAGGCCUAUGUCAGCAUCUGUACCUAAACGAGUGACAUGUACUGUGGUGGAAGCACAAGUUCCAAUGAAGGGCAUGGGAGCUACUCCUCAUAACAAGAGGGUGUUACUGGACAAUGGCCUCAGAGUAGAGGUGCCGCCUCAUGUUCUAACAGGUGAUAAGAUACUUAUUGAUACCACCGACAGCUCAUACAUAAGCAGAGCUUGAGCUCAUUCUUCAUGGCUCCAUCAUCGUUCCUGCAAAUGCAAUGUUCGCGGGAGAUGUUUGAUAUAUAUAAGAUAAGUUUGACAAUCCAGUAGCCAUUUAUUUAUCAAUGUUAGAGAUAUUUUUGUAGCGGAUUUGUCCACCAUUUCAUCAUAUGUAGUGAGCAGAUGAGUGAAUAAGUUAUGUUGAGGCUUUGGUGGUAAGCUUGUUUUCUUGCCAUUGACAUGAAUAUAGAAAGAGCAUAUGAGUAGAUAAUUGAUAAUUCUUCCGGGUUGUUGCUGGGUUCACUUCACUGAAAUGAAAGCAUAAAGAAUGAUUUCUUUUUUAUGUGCA